ACUCCUCCAAUAAUCUUCCCCCUCCACUCGAUCGAUCAUACGAUGCGAAAGGAAACCUAAAAAAAAUUAUUAUAGAGACUGUUCGAUCCAAAGAGGUCUCAAAGAGGAGUCGCGAGAGGAGUUCCGCGGCCCCCGCAUAAAGAUCUCCUAUUUUUCUUAUUGGAAGUAGCGAUUUCUAGAUCAGAAGAUGAGCGUCGUGGGUUUCGAUGUCGGCAACGAGAGCUGCAUUGUUGCAGUGGCGCGGCAACGCGGCAUUGACGUAGUGCUCAAUGACGAGUCCAAGCGCGAGACCCCGGCGAUCGUGUGCUUUGGCGAGAAGCAGCGGUUCAUCGGCACGGCAGGCGCCGCCUCCUACACGAUGAACCCGAAGAACUCCAUCUCGCAGAUCAAACGCUUGGUCGGCCGCAAGUUCUCUGAUCCCGAGCUCCAGCGCGAUCUCCAAUCCCUACCUUUUGUGGUGACCGAAGGUCCCGAGGGGUUUCCAUUGAUCCAUGCCCAUUAUCUCGGCGAGCAGAGGGCCUUCACCCCGACGCAAGUCCUUGCGAUGGUCCUCUCCAACCUGAAAAGUAUUGCCGAGAAGAAUCUUAAUGCGGCAGUUGUUGAUUGCUGCAUUGGAAUUCCUAUUUACUUCACCGACCUCCAAAGAAGGGCAGUGAUGGAUGCUGCGACUAUUGCUGGAUUGCAUCCUCUCCGUCUGUUCCACGAGACUACUGCUACCGCUCUGGCUUAUGGUAUCUAUAAGACCGAUUUGCAGGAGAAUGAUCAGAUGAAUGUGGCCUUUGUCGAUGUGGGCCACGCCAGUAUGCAGGUUUGCAUUGCUGGACUCAAGAAGGGGCAACUGAAGAUUCUCUCUCAUGCAUAUGAUCGAUCGCUCGGUGGACGGGACUUUGAUGAGGUGCUUUUUAAGCAUUUCGCAGCUAAGUUCAAGGAGGAAUAUAAGAUUGACGUGUAUCAAAAUAAGCGUGCGUGCAUUAGGCUCCGGGCAGCAUGCGAGAAGCUGAAGAAAAUGCUUAGCGCGAACCCAGAGGCGCCGUUGAAUAUUGAGUGUUUGAUGGAUGAGAAGGAUGUGAGAGGGUUUAUUAAGAGGGAGGAAUUUGAGCAGAUUAGCUUACCUAUACUGGAGAGGGUGAAGGGGCCGCUGGACAAAGCACUUGCUGAAGCUGGGUUGAGCCCGGAGAAUGUUCACUCAGUUGAAGUGGUUGGAUCGGGGUCUCGUGUUCCGGCGAUUCUUAAGAUACUGACUGAGUUUUUUGGUAAGGAGCCAAGGCGGACAAUGAAUGCGAGUGAGUGUGUUGCUAGGGGUUGUGCCCUUCAGUGUGCCAUUCUGAGCCCCACAUUCAAAGUGCGCGAGUUUCAGGUUCAUGAAAGCUUCCCCUUUCCAAUUGCCUUGUCAUGGAAUGGAUCGGGCCCCCAGAAUGAAGCGCAAGAAAGCCAGCAGAAUAAAGUUGUGUUUCCUAAAGGAAACCCGAUUCCCAGUGUGAAAGCUCUCACAUUCUUUAGGUCAAGUACUUUUCCAGUUGAUGUUACAUAUGUUGAUGUGGAUGACUUACAAAUUUCGACAAAGAUUAGCACAUAUACGAUUGGUCCAUUUCAAACCAGCAAAGGUGAAAAGGCUCAACUGAAAGUCAAAGUUCGCUUGAAUCUCCAUGGGAUUGUCUCUGUGGAAUCCGCAACUAUGUUGGAGGAAGAGGAAGUUGAAGUUCCUGUAUCAGCUGCUGACGAAGUGCCUAAGGAAGCUUCAAAGAUGGAUACUGAUGAAACAUCAAAGGACACAAAUGCCUCUGGAACUGAUGUGAAUAUGCAGGAUGCUAAAAAUGCUGCAGAUAAUUCUGGCACUGGGGCUGAAAAUGGUGAACCAGCAUCCGAAGAGAAGCCUGUGCAGACAGAAACUGAGGCGAAGGUUGAGACUUCAAAGAAGAAAAUCAAGAAAACAAACGUCCCUGUGGCUGAAUUGGUCUAUGGAGCAAUUGCAGCUGAGGAUCUGCAGAAAGCUGUUGAGAAGGAAUUCGAGAUGGCUCUUCAAGAUAGAGUGAUGGAAGAAACCAAGGACAAGAAGAAUGCUGUGGAGGCAUAUGUCUAUGACAUGCGAAACAAGCUUAACGACAAGUAUCAUGAUUUUGUAACUCCGACGGAGAAGGAAGAGCUUAUGGCAAAGCUUCAAGAAGUUGAGGAUUGGCUGUAUGAAGAUGGCGAAGACGAAACCAAAGGUGUUUAUGUUGCUAAACUUGAGGAACUAAAAAAGCAAGGUGAACCCAUCGAACAACGCUAUAAAGAAUGGAUAGAGAGAGGUCCAGCAAUUGAUCAACUUGUUUACUGCAUUAAUAGCUUCAGGGAUGCGGCCUUUUCUAAGGAUCCCAAAUUCGAUCACAUUGACAUAGAAGAGAAGCAAAAGGUCAUUAAUGAGUGUGUGGAAGCUGAAGCAUGGUUGAGGGAGAAAAUGCAGCAGCAGGAUUCAUUGCCCAAGCAUGCCACUCCUGUUCUCCUCUCUGCAGAUGUGAAGAGGAAGGCUGAGAUGCUUAACAGGUUUUGCAGGCCAAUAAUGACAAAGCCGAUGCCGCCUCCUCCCAAGCCACAGGCCCCACCUCCAUCCGACACAUCGUCACCACAAUCUCAAGCCACAGGGGAUAAUAGCACAGCUGGGGACUACAAUGCUGAGGUAAGUACACAGGAUCCAGCAGCUGAGCCUAUGGAAACGGACAAACCAGAUGCUGCUGCAGAUCCUGCGGCUUAGUCAAGUAUCCGAACUUCAAGAUGAUUUAUAAAUUUGUGCUUUCUUGCUGUUGCUUAUACUCUACAUUGGCGUGGAGUUGUGGAAGGGAUUUUUCCAUAGUUGAUAGCAUGUAUUUCAGAAUUUAAAUUGCAUUAGCGCCUCAUUCGGACCCUAGUUUUCUCCGGACAGGAUAUUAGGGAAGAAGCUACAUUAUUUUGCUGCCCUACUUUUGCUUGUAGACGCCCGGUGAAUCUUCAUUGCUAAAUUGUUUGCUGGUUUAUAACUUGCCAACCAUUGUGUGGUUAAACUUUUUAAAUGAAGUUAAGAGGUUUUUUUGGCGAGUA